ACAAGCUCUGUAAGGCCUAUCUCACUGAAAGUGUCGAUUUCCUUAGAACCCUAAACCUUCCCAUCACCGUCUCGGUGUACGAGCAGCUCAACGAAACUUUUGAGACAGCUUUGGCAUCUAUGCACAAGAUGCCUCGUAUCUGGAUUAUGUACUUGCAGAGGUUGGCGAGCCAGAAAUUAGUAAGCAGGACUCGCAGAGCUGCUGACAGAGUGCUUCGUGCUUUGCCUGUAACUCAGCACGAUCGAAUUUGGGAGGUCUACUUGAAUUUUUUGACAAGUCGGGACUUAGGGGUUCCCGAUUGAGACUUGUUUGAGAGUGUACAGGAGGUAUUUGAAGUAUGAUCCUGUAUUCCUGUUCAUAUUGAGGAUUUCAUUGUGGCUUGAAUUUUGUGACCUGCUUACCAGGCACGCAAAAGAUCGAGAUUUCUGGCAUGAACGUGGAUGCAAUAGUUAGAGCAGGGAUUAACAAGUAUACAAAUGAAGUUGGCCAGCUAUGGACAUCUCUGGCUAAUUAUUAUAUAAGAAGGCGAUUGUUUCACAAGGCAAGAGAUGUUUUCUAGGAGGGCAUGGCCACUGUAAUCACUGUGAGGGAUUUCAGUUUGAUUUUUGAUGCAUAUGCUGAGUUUGAGGAAGGCAUGGCUGAUUGUAAGAUUGCAGAAAAUUUGGAGUCAGGGCCUAGUGUCAGGGAGGAGGAAGAAGAUGAUUGCCCGGAGGAAUGUGAUUUGGCCGUGGACAUUCGAUUGGAGAUUACCAAUUCAGAGUUCGAGAAGAAGUUACUCUCUGGUUUUUGGUUAAAUGAUGAUAAAGUUGGGGAUUUGGUGCUGGCUCGAUUUGGCAAUCUAAUUGAGAGAAGGCCUGAAUUGGCAAAAUCCCCAUAACGUGGAACAAUGGCACCGUAAGUGAAGCUAUUUGAUGGUAAGCAGAUACUUAUCUUUACUGAGGCUGUAAAGCCUCACACCCUUUGGGUUGCUUUCGCUAAGCUGUAUGAGGAACAUAAUGAUCUUGUCAAUGCCAGAGUGGUUUUUGAUAGGUACUUUAGACUCGACUCGUGCAGUUUAUGAGUAGACCUGGCAAAUGAGGAUCCGAUCCGUUGACCCGACCCAAACCCGCCUGAAAAAUAGCGAAUGAGUUGAGGUUUUUAUAACCCAAAACCCAAAUGACCCGAACCCGAUUAACCCGUAGUUUUUGGGUCAGGUUGGGUUGGUUUGUGGGUCGACCCGCUAGACCCGUUUCAUUGCAUAUGUCACUCUCAAAAUGAUAAAAUAACUCAUACUUUGGUGAGAUGUUUAAAAAAAUUUAUUAGGAUUU